AUGAAUUUAAUAUUAGGACCAGAAGUCCAAGAAUUUUGUGUGAACUAUUUAGAUGAUCUAGCCAUUAUUACAACAGGAACGUUAGAUAAACAUUUGGAGCACAUUGAUAUUGUUUUAAGUAAAUUGAACAAAGCUGGCUUAACGUGUAACUUGCAGAAAUGUAAAUUUAUUUGUAAAGAAAUUAAAAUUCUGGGUUUUAUAAUUUCAACAGAAGGCAUAAAGACAGAUCCCGAUAAGAUUCGAGCGAUCCAAGAGUUUCCAGCACCUAAAAAGAUUAAACAAUUAAGGGCCUUUUUAGGUCUAUGCAAUUUUUAUAGAAGGUUUAUACCAAAUUACAGCGAGAACAUAAUACCGCUCUGUGAAUUACUUAAAAAGGGACGAAAGUUCCAAUGGAGCGGUAAAGAACAGAAGGCAUUUGAUUUUAUAAAACAACAAUUUAUUAAUACAAUACAAUUGCAUCAUCCAGACUUUAAUAAGCCGUAUUAUUUACAAACAGAUUGUUCCGGUGUGGGUAUGGCCGGAGUACUAUAUCAGAUAGAUGAUAAUAAUGAAAUGAGAAUUUUAGGCUAUCAUAGUAAAGCCUUAAAAGGCCCCGAAUUAAAUUGGUCUGUUGCUGAACAAGAGUUUUAUGCUGUAAUAAGCUGCCUAAAGAAAUUUUAA